AUGUCUUUGUCAGCCAGUCCGGCUCCACCGGGACAGGGCCUUGGCCCACUGGUGGCUGGUGCCGGUCCUCCGUCCGGAGAUUCCUUAUUACUCACUCUACGAAAUAAACCGCAUGCACGUGUAUUUCGUGCUUUAUUCCAGUAUCUACCACUGCGUGACUCCCCAAACGAGAAUCCCCAGUUGGAACUGGCCCUAGCGCCAGGUGAUGUGCUGCUCGUCAAAGGCGAGAUGGACUCGGAUGGAUUCUAUCGAGCCGAGACACUCGACGGCAGGACUGGUUUAGUGCCGUCCAACUAUGUCGAACGGGUACCGGACUCGGUGCUACUUUGUAAUGCCCGAGCUCCAUCGCCAUCAUUUCCUCUUCAAGUCCCACAACAUCAUUCCACUAUCACUCACGAUUUCUCCGAACCUGAUCACAGCCAACUGCCCGAUUCCGUCUGCCCAUAUCCACCGGCUGACGUCUCCAAAGUCACUGUGCAGGAGAUCAAGCAGAACGACACUCCCAGAGGUUUGUUUCCCUCAUAUUGA